AUGGCGAAGACGCUGGUGCUAGACGUGUGCGGCACGCUCAUGUGUGAGAUCAAUGCCCGUGUAAGUCCCGAGCUGGUGGGAUCCGCGAUCCGUCUCCAAGGCGACGAGCUCGGGCGAUCGAUGAUCCUCAAGCGACCGCAUCUUAGCAAGUUUCUCGAGAGAAUGGCAAAGCUUUUCGAUGUGGUGGCCUUCACGUCGCGCGCGCAGCGCCGCGCAGAGACGAUUCUGGACGUGCUAGAUCCCGCGAAGGAGUUCUUCAGCCGCAGGCUCUACCUGGAUUCGUGCAAGAAGGGGGGCAAAGUGAAGGACUUGGCGGUGCUCGAGCGGCCCCUAAAUCGAGUGAUCAUCGUCGACGACACGAGCUCCAAGUGCGUGCUGAAUCCGGACAACUUGGUCCUCGUCUCGCGAUUCAAGAGGCACAAUCUCAGUACUGAUCGCGGGCUUUUGGAUCUAAUUCCAGUCCUCGAGGAGCUCUCCAAGGAAGAAGUAGAGGACGUGCGACCAGUGAUCCAUGCAAGGUUUGGGAAGAAGGUGAUGAAUGUGCUCAAGCAGCAAGAGCGAGAUAGCGAUCAUCAGACCGGCGAAACCAAGAUGAAAGGCCACCAGGUGGAGGGAAGUGGCCGGAUCAACGCUCUGGGUCGGGCACUGACCAAGAUCUUGAGGCACCGAGCUGCGGAGCUCAACCUGGAGAUGCGCAGCGAUGGCUUCUGCAAGGUGGCGGACCUCCUCCGGCUGGAUUUCACAACGCGGUCCAAGGUUCCACUGAGCGCGCACACUGUGGAGGAGGUGCUCCAGGCCGUGGAGCAGAACUCCAAGGAGAGGCUCGCGACGAUGGUGGACGAGAGUGGCGAGCUUCUGAUUCGAGCAAACCAGGGGCACACGCUGCUCGAUGCCGUUUGUAGCGACGAUCUGCUGGAAGAGAUCUCCAUAGACGAUAACAUGCUGGCGGUGUGUGUCCAUGGAACUUUCAAGCACGCGUUGCCGGGCAUCUUGCGGGAUGGCCUCAAGACGAUGGGAAGGAAGCACGUCCACUUUGCGGCUGGCCUGCCCGGAGCCGGGGAAGUCGUGAGCGGAAUGCGAGGCAGCUGCGAUGCUCUCGUCUUUGUAAACGCUGCUCGAGCUAUGGCGGACGGGAUGAAGUUCUACGUCUCGAAAAACGGGGUGGUGCUCACGGAAGGCUUUGAGCAGUGUGUCCCUGCCAAGUACUUCGACAAGAUUGUGGAGUGGCCGAGCAAUGUCCUCCUCCACGAUCGCGAAGAGAUCACCGAGUAG